ACGGCUUCUUGCAGCCUCGGUGGAGAGACAGAGGCUGGGCUGGGGUUGCGGUCCAAAGUUUUCCCACCUGGAUUUGCCCACCCUCACGUCUUCCUCACGUACGUCCUCGUCUUGUCUUCUUUGCCGGGGCGCCCACAGGUUAUCAGACAGAAAAUAUCGCGGCAUAAGAUGAAGCUGUGACAGAUGGGGAAGCUGAGACCCAGAGGGAUAACUUUUUCAAGAUUACAUAGAAGAGCCAGAAUUUGAAUAUAGUUCUUCUGAUUGUUUGAAAGCACAAAUGGCCGGAAACAGCCUUGUUCUACCCAUUGUUCUUUGGGGUCGCAAAGCACCAACACACUGCAUCUCAGCAGUGCUUUUGACAGAUGAUGGGGCCACGAUCGUGACUGGAUGCCAUGAUGGACAAAUAUGUCUCUGGGAUCUUUCAGUAGACUUGGAAGUGAAUCCUCGAGCACUGUUGUUUGGUCACACAGCUUCAAUCACCUGCUUGUCUAAAGCUUGUGCUUCUAGUGACAAACAGUAUAUUGUGAGUGCAUCUGAGAGUGGAGAGAUGUGCCUCUGGGAUGUGAAUGAUGGCAGAUGUAUUGAAUUCACAAAAUUAGCUUGCACACAUACUGGCAUACAGUUCUACCAGUUCUCUGUGGGAAAUCAGAAGGAAGGCAGGCUCCUGUGCCACGGCCAUUAUCCUGAAAUCCUCGUUGUGGACGCCACCAGCCUUGAGGUGCUGUACUCCUUAGUAUCAAAGAUAGCUCCAGACUGGAUUAGCUCCAUGAGUAUUAUCCGAUCCCACCGAACACAAGAGGACACUGUGGUAGCGCUCUCAGUGACGGGCAUCUUGAAGGUGUGGAUUGUUACCUCUGAAAUAAGUGGCAUGCAGGAUACUGAGCCAAUAUUUGAGGAGGAAUCCAAACCAAUUUACUGUCAGAAUUGCCAAAGCAUCUCUUUUUGUGCAUUCACACAAAGGUCACUUUUGGUCGUGUGCUCCAAGUAUUGGAGGGUCUUCGAUGCUGGCGACUACUCCCUGCUGUGUUCGGGUCCCAGUGAAAACGGGCAGACGUGGACUGGAGGUGACUUUGUGUCCGCAGACAGGGUCAUCAUUUGGACUGAAAAUGGGCAAAGUUAUAUUUACAAACUACCUGCCAGUUGCCUUCCAGCUAGUGAUUCAUUCCGCAGUGAUGUGGGGAAAGCAGUUGAAAAUUUAAUUCCUCCUGUACAACAUAGCCUCUUGGAUCGAACAGAUAAAGAGUUUCUAAUUUGUCCUCCUGUUACUCGGUUCUUCUAUGGAUGCAAGGAAUACUUCCACAAAUUAUUAAUUCAGGGUGACUCUUCUGGCAGGUUGAAUAUUUGGAACAUAUCAGACACACCUGAUAAACAGGAAGGUAAAGGAGGGCUGGAAAUGACAACUUCUAUUAGUUUGCAAGAAGCAUUUGACAGACUGAAUCCUUGUCCUGCUGGAAUUAUAGAUCAGCUGAGUGUGAUUCCCAACAGUAAUGAACCUCUUAAGGUAACUGCAAGUGUGUACAUCCCAGCGCAUGGACGACUCGUUUGUGGCCGUGAAGAUGGAAGCAUCAUUAUCGUACCUGCCACACAGACGGCCAUAGUGCAGCUGCUGCAGGGGGAACACAUGCUCCGCAGAGGUUGGCCACCUCACAGGACACUCCGUGGUCAUCGGAACAAAGUCACAUGUUUGCUGUAUCCUCAUCAGGUCUCAGCUCGUUAUGAUCAAAGAUAUCUGAUAUCUGGAGGUGUGGAUUUUUCAGUCAUAAUUUGGGACAUAUUUUCCGGAGAAAUGAAACAUAUCUUCUGUGUCCACGGUGGUGAGAUUACUCAACUUCUAGUUCCGCCUGAAAACUGUAGUGCAAGAGUACAGCACUGCAUCUGCUCUGUAGCCAGUGACCACUCAGUGGGACUCCUAAGUUUGCGAGAGAAAAAAUGCAUUAUGCUGGCAUCUCGUCAUCUUUUCCCCAUUCAAGUAAUCAAGUGGAGGCCCUCUGAUGAUUACCUAGUUGUGGGAUGUUCAGAUGGCUCCGUGUACGUCUGGCAGAUGGACACUGGCGCGCUGGAUCGUUGUGUGAUGGGGAUAACAGCGGUUGAGAUACUGAACGCUUGUGAUGAAGCAGUUCCCGCUGCCGUUGAUUCACUCAGUCACCCAGCAGUCAACCUAAAACAAGCCAUGACCAGACGUAGUCUUGCUGCUCUGAAAAAUAUGGCCCAUCAUAAGCUACAAACCCUUGCAACUAACCUCUUGGCUUCCGAAGCAUCUGACAAAGGAAAUUUGCCUAAAUAUUCCCAUAACUCCCUGAUGGUUCAGGCAAUAAAGACGAACCUGACAGAUCCGGACAUGCACGUGCUUUUCUUUGAUGUGGAAGCGCUGAUCAUCCAGCUCCUGACUGAGGAAGCCUCUAGGCCGAACACCGCGCUUAUUUCCCCAGAGAAUCUGCAAAAAGCAUCUGGCAGCUCAGACAAAGGGGGCUCUUUUCUAACUGGAAAACGAGCAGCCGUUCUCUUCCAACAAGUGAAAGAGACGAUCAAAGAGAACAUAAAGGAACAUCUCCUCGAUGACGAAGAGGAGGAUGAGGAGAUAAUGAGGCAGAGGCGGGAAGAGAGCGACCCUGAGUAUCGGGCCAGCAAAUCUAAGCCGCUGACGCUGUUAGAAUAUAAUCUGACAAUGGACACCGCGAAACUGUUCAUGUCCUGCCUCCACGCCUGGGGUCUGAAUGAAGUUCUGGAUGAAGUUUGCCUCGACCGCCUGGGAAUGCUGAAACCCCACUGCACAGUGUCCUUCGGCCUCUUAUCCAGAGGAGGUCAUAUGUCACUGAUGCUUCCUGGUUAUAAUCAGCCCGCUUGUAAACUACCACACGGGAAAGCAGAAGUAGGAAGGAAGCUGCCACCAUCUGAGGGAGUAGGAAAGGGGACUUACGCAGUGUCCCGGGCCGUCACCACGCAGCACCUCCUGUCCAUCAUAUCUUUGGCGAACACCUUGAUGAGUAUGACCAAUGCAACUUUCAUUGGUGACCAUAUGAAGAAGGGCCCUACCAGGCCACCUAGACCAAGCACCCCAGACCUGUCUAAGGCAAGGGGUUCCCCUCCAACUUCCAGUAAUAUUGUGCAAGGACAGAUUAAACAAGUCGCUGCACCUGUCGUUUCCGCUCGGUCUGAUGCUGAUCACUCUGGCUCUGACCCUGCUUCCACUCCUGCUUUACAUACCUGUUUCUUAGUAAAUGAAGGAUGGAGUCAGCUGGCUGCCAUGCACUGUGUUAUGCUGCCAGACCUGCUGGGACUGGACAGGUUUAGGCCCCCGCUUCUAGAGAUGCUGGCUCGGAGAUGGCAAGAUCGAUGCUUGGAGGUCAGAGAAGCCGCGCAAGCCCUGCUUCUGGCUGAGCUGAGAAGAAUUGAGCAGGCGGGGCGGAAGGAGGCCAUCGAUGCCUGGGCUCCUUACUUACCCCAGUACAUGGACCACGUCAUAUCACCUGGGGUCUCAGCAGAAGCCAUGCAGACUAUCACCACUGCUCCUGAUGCUUCGGGGCCAGAAGCCAAAGUCCAGGAGGAAGAGCAUGACCUUGUAGAUGAUGACAUCACAACCGGUUGCUUAUCAAGUGUCCCACAAAUGAAAAAAAUUUCUACAUCUUAUGAGGAAAGGCGGAAGCAAGCUACUGCUAUUGUUUUACUAGGAGUAAUAGGAGCUGAAUUUGGGGCUGAAAUUGAACCUCCCAAACUGUUGACCAGACCUCGAAGCUCUAGUCAGAUUCCUGAGGGAUUUGGUCUGACUAGUGGCGGAUCCAACUACUCACUGGCCAGACAUACUUGUAAGGCACUGACAUUUCUUCUGCUGCAGCCACCAAGCCCCAAACUUCCUCCACACAGUACUGUCCGAAGAACAGCCAUUGAUCUGAUCGGACGUGGCUUCACAGUUUGGGAGCCUUACAUGGACGUGUCUGCUGUCCUGAUGGGGCUUCUCGAACUCUGUGCUGAUGCCGAGAAGCAGCUUGCCAACAUCACAAUGGGUCUGCCCCUGAGCCCAGCAGCUGACUCCGCCCGCUCUGCCCGGCACGCCCUCUCCCUCAUCGCCACUGCCAGACCACCCGCCUUCAUCACCACCAUAGCCAAAGAGGUACACAGACAUACUGCUCUGGCGGCAAACACACAAUCGCAGCAGAAUAUGCACACCACAACCCUUGCACGAGCUAAAGGGGAGAUCCUGAGAGUCAUUGAAAUUCUCAUUGAAAAGAUGCCUACAGAUGUUGUGGAUCUUCUUGUGGAGGUUAUGGACAUCAUUAUGUACUGCCUUGAAGGAUCUUUAGUUAAAAAGAAAGGUCUUCAGGAAUGUUUCCCAGCCAUCUGCAGGUUCUACAUGGUCAGCUAUUAUGAGCGGAAUCACAGAAUAGCGGUUGGAGCUCGCCACGGUUCAGUGGCCCUGUACGACAUCCGGACGGGAAAAUGUCAGACCAUCCACGGACACAAGGGACCAAUCACUGCAGUGGCCUUUGCCCCGGAUGGACGAUAUCUUGCCACCUACUCAAACACUGACAGCCACAUUUCUUUCUGGCAGAUGAACACCUCCCUGCUGGGGAGCAUCGGCAUGCUGAACUCUGCACCCCAGCUGCGCUGCAUUAAGACCUACCAGGUGCCCCCCGUGCAGCCAGCCUCCCCAGGCUCCCACAACGCCCUCAGGCUGGCCCGGCUCAUCUGGACUUCCAACCGCAACGUCAUCCUCAUGGCCCACGACGGCAAGGAGCACCGCUUCAUGGUCUAGCGCUCGCGUCUGCGUCUCCGUUCUUCCCAUGUGCUGAGCCGAGAGUCCUGUCCCCCCCCCCCCCCGCGCUCCGGACCGUUCCUCGGUGUCACCCGGGGGUGCUGCCAGGCCUGUGGCCCUCUGCAUGGUCCUCGGGGGCAGACCCCUCCCGUGUCACCUACCGGCUGAGGCAUGCACACAUCACUCUGCAGGAUGUGGCCAUCCUGUCACCAGGUCGUUUCUCCCUCCUGCCGCAGAGGGAGGGGCAGGUCCCCGGAGCGCUCCCGUUGCUGGGUGCACCCGAGGCCCGAAAAUCAAUAACCACUGUGAUUGCACUGCCGGCCCAGAUCAGCUUUCUCCUCGCGCUCAGCCCCCCCGCCCCCCGACGUGCUGUUAGAACCUGGUCGUUCUGACGCUGGGUUUUGAGGUAUCGUGGCGGUCCUCACUAUGGAUACUAUUUUCCUUUGGAUUUCUGAAAACAUGCUCUUGUUUACCAGAAAGGUUGUGUGUUUACAUGGGUUUUUUUCUUCUGGUGAUUGCUAGGAAAUCCAAUUUCCUACAGUCUAGCCCCUACCUUCUUUAGUAACACCUAACCGGUUUGAAAUCAAUGAGGAAAUACACACAUACACACACAUUUUCCUCUUGGAGAAUGCAGUUUCCCAGACACCUGGCUUUCUAAAUGCUCAUAUCCUGCUGAAGUGAUAGUGUAUUUAGUAGUUUAAAAUAAAAACCAUCCUACUCAUGACCUAGUUAACAGAAUUAGCCAGUCACUGUAACUAAUCUCUUAUAACAAAGAGCCAAGUUUGGAAGCAUAGCAUAUCCCUGAAAAGGAGACCCUUGUGCCUAGGGCUACAGAUCUCACCCCUUCCUUCCAGAAACGUCACAGACCUGCAGUUCCCGUAUGUCAGCUAUCACAUGAUAGUGACAGUUCUGCCUUCAGACUACUGCUAAUCAGUGACAGGAGCAUUUCUUUUAAACAAACGUCCUAGAAAAGUAUUCAUUAUGGCACAAGCAUUCAGGAGCAUACAUUUGUCCCUCAGCAUCUACGGGGGAUUGCUUCCAGGACCCCCGAGGACACCAAAAUCCAAAUCUGCUCAAGCCCCUUCUAGAAAAUGGCCACGUGCACGGAGGGCUGACUGUAUGUAAAAAGGUGGGAGCCCUCCAUCAGUCUGGACAAAUGGUGCAGUGAGGAUGUUGACCACACUUCAGAGUAAGCUGGAGCCACGUCACUUUCUUCUGCUUAUGUCAGACUGUGCUGGUUCCUGCUCAUAGUAAUGGGGAAAAAAAAUCCAUAAAAUAGUAUUUUGUAUGAAUUGCCCCUAACAAACCUUGAUCUGUCAAUAGUCGGGGAUUUGUCUGGGUGGCUGUUGACUGGUUGGUUAAUUGAGCAGAAUGGCUUAUUAAAUACAAAAAUAGAAGAUGAUUUAUUAAAUUCAGGGAAAAUACAUGAAGUUUCCAGAGGGACCAAAAUUAUAACGGGAGCAUCUAAUUAAAAAAAGCAUAGAUCGCCAGAGUUUAUAUAGUAUACAAAAAAGUAGGAUCGCAGUCCAGGAGCAAACACAUCUGUGAUUUUAUUGAAACAGACUUUUAAAGAACAUGUUACAAAAUUAAGACCACUAGGACGUCUCCUUCAUGUGGAUAUGAAGUAUGUUAUUUCUGUUGAUGACAAACCCGUCCCAUACCUCGGUUUUAGACUUUAGGUGUUCUUCAGAAGUGAAGGUUUGCCACAUGCAUGUACAUUGUAUUUAUGAAGAUUAUAUAUGUAGUUUCCCAGGAAGAAACUAAGAGCUAUGCAGUGUAGACGUGGUUUGUUUGGUGAGUGUGCUGACGUGUCCGACACAGAUCGAGAAACCCAGGGUGAACAAGAGGCACUCUUGGCUUUUCCACUGGUUUCCCGAGUCUUCCGUACGAGUACCCAGCACACUUUCACUUUAUGAACCUAAAUGGGGAUUAAUUUAUUCUAGACUACAAAGCCGCUUUGGAAUGAUGAAGUAAAAGUAUACUUUAGAGAUUUAAAAAAAAAUGUUCAGUGCAUCAGGAGAAAGGUGUGAGACUGGUGGGCAGGCCACUGGAAGCCUGGGUGGCACACCCCAUGGAGAUUGGACAGAAAACUGUGAGGGCCAGAGGAGCAAAACCCCUGGGUGGUGGGCGUAGGCCGGCCGGCCAGCCAUCCUGGCCGCGCAGACAGCCCCUACACGAUUGGCCAGUAGACUGUUGCAGUUGUGAACCAGUGGGGUGGAUGAUAUUUGAUGGGUAGACAGACAUCUCUAACUGCUAAACUAACGUUUGCAUUCUUGUUCGCACCAAUCUCUCCUUGGCUCUUUUGACAACCACAGUUCCAAACUUCAUUGCAGCUUAAGAGUUCUCAGCACUGAGGUAAACUUUGUAGUGUCAUCCCAGCGUACUCUUUUAGUGUCUUACUGAUUUUGUUGGCACUGUAUUUGGACCUGUCCUUGUAAAUGUAGAGACAUGUGUGGCUUCACUGGUAAUUUACAAGCAAAACGUGACUUGACAUGACACGUGUAUGAAAAUGUAAUGGCUGAACUCACUCUGUACAGUGUGUGAAUUAAAACGUCUGCCUCACAAGACAUUUCUUGAUGACUCUACUUAAUAGAUUCUGUGUGUGCUGAAUGUCCCCGUGUACAUAUGUGUGUUAAAUAAAACUGAAUUGUACUGAAGGUUGUUUUUCUCAUUAAAAAUAUUGUUCACUCUUCUGAAA